AUGGUAGACAGCGGAAGCACUCAUAAUUUCAUAAAGUUGAACGUCGUGAAAUCACUUGGCCUUCCUAUACUACCUUCCAGUGACACAGUAAGUAUGGCUUCCUCUAAUCUCACGAGCAAAACCCAAGGUUACUGUAUUGCAUCUAUCGCAAUUAAUGGACAAACAUACCCUGAUAUGCAUCUAUCUGUUCUGCCCAACUUAUGUACUCCUGUCAUACUUGGGCAAGAAUUCAUGCAACUACACAACCGUGUGGAAUUCCUUUUUAACGGAGAUAUACCUCCUUUACAAAUCUGUAACACCGCCCAGAUGAAAAUAGAGCCACCUGCUCUUUUUGCCAAUUUAUCAGAUGACUACAGACUUACACCACUCAAAGAACUACCGGCACCGAACUGUGGUAAGUCACUCAAACGAGCUCUGGGUGUCUUCUCAUACUACUCACCAUGGGUGGAGAAUUUCUCUGACUGCAUUUCGCCUUUGCUAAAUAUCUCCUCAUUUCCUAUUGCCGAAGAACUCAAGAGUCAAUUUCAGGCAAUAAAAGAUGAAAUUUGCAAGGCUUCGGUUGCGGCCAUUGAGGAUGAAAUUCCAUUCACAAUAGAAACGGAUGCAUCUGCGACGGCAUUGGCAGCCUGCCUCUCUCAGAAUGGACGCUCAGUGGCAUAUUUUUCUAGAGCUCUUACGCAAUCUGAGCAGUGGAGCGUGAAUCAGCAGCCAUUGUAG